AAGUGGACUAAACCACCAAAGAUUCCCGCAGAUUCGAUAUCGAUUGUCCCAAUGUUACAAACGUGUCCACCCCUGAUCUAAACAUUUGUUUAAACACUUUUGUGGGAUAUUUGAGACGAUAAUGCUGGAUGGUUGCACUCAUGAAAUUCACCAGGGAUAUAUGCAGGCUGUUGGGACUCGGGAGCGGCCCUCCUGUCCAGCAGCAGGAGGAGCAGAUGGACUGUAGUGCCGCCACCCCUGACCCAAGCAAUGACGCCACUUUGUCACAGGAUGCAUUAAAUGGAGAGGAGGAUCUGAGUGAGGACGAGAAGGUCAGACGAAGGGCAGAGCGACGCAAAGCCAAGAGGAAGCGCCGUCGAAAACGUAAGAAGCAGGAACAAGUUAAGCAAAACGAGAGUGCAGAACGGGAUGAUGAAGAUGAGGACGGGGGUGCCGAGUCUGAACUGGAUGAAAGCGAGUCGGAGGCAGAAGUUGGUGCUGAAGAGGAGAAACAAAAGGAGGAGAAAAAGGAGGCUGCCUCAAAUGUUGCCACUCCACUCACGGUGCCGUCUGGAAUCAAAGGACAUCAGAAGAGCCAAGAAAGAGCCACUGAAGAGGAGCCAGAGUGGGAUGUGAGCAGUGCCUUCUUUGCUAAUGCUGCUAGCCAUAUCAAACCCAAAGGAUCAGGUCGCAAGUCCAAAGAAAACAAGGAGAACGAGGCCAGGAGAGAGACAAAUGGAACUGACACCAUGACUAAGAAAAGUGCGUCACUAACAGAAAAAGGCAUAAAGCUGGUGCAAGAGGGGCAGUACACACAAGCUGUCAGCAUGUUUACAGAAGCCAUCAGAUGUGAUCCAAAGGAUUACAGGUUCUUCGGGAAUCGUUCCUAUUGUUAUUACUGCUUGGAGCAGUACCCUCAGGCCCUGGCAGAUGCUGAACGCUCCAUUCAGCUAGCCCCAGACUGGCCCAAAGGAUACUUUCGCAAGGGCAGUGCUCUCAUGGGCAUGAAGCGGUACAGUGAGGCAGAGAGAGCCAUGGAGCAGGUGCUGAAACUCGACAAAGACUGUGAGGAGGCUGUCAAUGACCUCUUUAACUGUAAAGUGCUGCAGUUAAUGGACCUUGGUUUUGAAGAAGUGCAAAGUGUCCUACUGCUGGAGAGAUUCUCAACUGUACAGGCUGUCCUGGCAUCUUGUUCUGAUGCAGCCAGAGCUGGGAGCCAAGAUUCAUCAGUUGUGCAGCCAGGAAGCCCUUGCCCGUCUCUGUGGGUGGGAAAUGUGACCACUGAGCUAACUGAGAAACACCUAUGGGACCUCUUUAAAAUGUAUGGUGAGAUCGAGAGUAUUCGUGUUCUGCAUGAGAGAUUCUGUGCCUUUGUCAACUUCAAGAAUGCAAACAUGGCAGCUCGUGCCAUGGAGAAACUAAAUGGUUACUGUAUUGAGAACACACGUUUAGUGGUGCGCUAUCCUGACCGACGCACUCAGAGGGUCCUUCCGUUUCCACUUAAGACCUGUCUCCCGGUGACACAGCAGGCAGGCACAGCUGCUGGACCUCGACGACGUGGCCCAGUUAAUGGAGACGAGUGUUACUUCUGGAGAACCACCGGCUGCCAUUUUGGGGACAAAUGUCGCUACAAACACAUUCCUGAUCAGAAAGGCAAGGACAGGAAGCCCUGGCAGCCUUGAACUGAGUUUACUCUCUGCCUCAGUAGUGUGCAGGAAACUGGGAUGCACAGACUGACCCAAAGGAGCCGGUACUUACUGGACCACGUUCUCCGGGCUAAAAAUAUUAACUGUAGCAGAAUGGACCAGAAUAGUCAAAGGAUCAGAGCCAGCUCUCUAAGGCUCUAAGGCAGGGAUAGUUACACAUGUGUCACAAAAGACUGGGAGUGUGAGGGUUUUUUAAACGACUGCACUCAAUAAUAUUGCUCAAUAGUACAACAUUAACCUGAGGGGAGCAACAAAAUUACUCUGUGCGCUCUUUGUGUUGAAUGAAAACGUUCACAUUCGCAGCCUUCCAUGGCACAUGGUGACCUUAUCCAGCUUUAAGGGAUACAACGUCACAGGCAUACAACAUAAGAAGAAAGUGCAACUGCUUUGGUUCACUACGGAAAAAAAGUAACGGCUCUGUCAUGCACGGCAGUAAUGAAAGGACUUUCAGGCCAAGGUUCUUCGGUGAUGGUCCAGGGGACCUUCCUUCUUUAGAAACAUUGCAAAUCAAAUGUUCCUUCCUAUUUUUAAAUUCCAGCAACUCAGCCGACUUUAAAGGAAUACUUCACCCACAAAGUGACCAUGUGUAUAUCAGUGUGCAUUUCAUUGAAUUUGUGAAGAAAACUUUAUUAAUUGAAAUGUACAGGACCAUGUUAAACAACAGCAAAACUACAUCAAAAUGUCUUUUUACAAAGUCUUACACAAGUCCUGCAUCAUGAUUCAAGUCUCAUUUUUCCAGUCAUAUGCUCAGUACUUCCCAAACACACGCGUUUUUGCUUAAGUGAAUCAAUUUAAAACCUUCAGUACAAACGGCCUCAUACACAGCAGAGCUCAUAUGCACACGCAUGCUCAGGCAUGUCAGGGUGCGCUACUGGUAGGCAGACGUGUUUUAUAUUUAGGGUUUCCACACACUUUCAUGGACAAAAUUUUAAUACUUUUCCAUGACUUUUCAAGGACCCUAGUUUUUUUUGUCUGGUGUUUUUAAAAAAUAUUAGAUUCAAACAUAAUAUAAGCUGGCACACAUGAGGAGAAGAGGGAGAGACAAACGUGGGGAGAGAAUGGAGAAAUGUAUGUGAUUGAAACAAAAUGUUAUCACACCGACGCUUAUUAGAGCUGCGUUACAUCGACACCUACAGAAAUUUGUCCCGAUGUUACAUUACAUGGAAGGUUAUCCACAUUAGAUUACUGUAACAACUUCAUUACACACAAGAAAUUAUAGAGUUUUUCCAAAAUGUUGAAUAUUUUAUACUGAUUCCAUGACUUUUCCAGGCUUGGAAUUUGUGAUUGGGAAAUUCCAUGACUUUUCUAGGUUUCCCAUGAUCAUGGGAUCACCCUGUUUAUUGCAACAUUUUAGCGAAAAUCCUUGCAUUUGGUAAGCACUGAGCAUACGGCUGGAUAAAUGAGACUUGGAUUUUACUGCAAAAGUUAUUUGUAAACCGAUGUUUUUAUAUAGUUUUGCUGGCACACUGAUAAACCUGGUCCACAGUGAAUUCAAUUCAUGAAA